AUGGAGGCGGUGGCGGAAGGGCUGUGGGCGCUGGCGGAGCACCACGAGCAGAGGCGAGAGAUUGGGAAGGCGAUAAAAUGUCUGGAAGCUAUCUGCCAGAGCUCAGUCUCUUUUCUCCCCAUUGUUGAAAUCAAAACCCGACUUCGAGUCGCUGCUCUUUUGCUCAAGCACACGCACAACGUCAACCACGCCAAGGCACACCUUGAGCGUUCCCAACUUCUCUUGAAGUCUAUUCCUUCUUCCUUUGAACUGAAGUGCAGAGCUUAUAGCCUGUUGAGCCAGUGCUACCAUCUCGUGGGAGCAAUUCCUUCACAAAAACAAAUAUUAAAUAAGGGUUUAGAGCUUUCUGCAAUAUCUGGAGACGGGUUUGGGGGGAAAUUAUGGUCUUGCAACUUCAAUUCUCAGCUUGCGAAUGCCCUGAUAAUUGAGGGUGACUACAAUGGGUCAAUUUUGGCUUUGGAACAAGGACUCAACUGUGCAAUGGAGAUGUAUUUUCCAGAAUUGCAGAUGUUUUUUGCUACUUCGAUACUGCAUGUGCGAGUGAUGGAGUGGGAGAGUACGAAUCUGGUAGAGGAAUCUGUCAAUAGAUGCAACAUGAUAUGGGAAGCUAUAGAACCUGAUAAAAGACAACAGUGCAUCGGUUUACUGUUUUAUCAUGGGCUUCUGCAAGUAUUCUAUCUACUCCGUAUCUGUGACUACAAGGCUGCUGGCCAACAUAUUGAGAAAUUGGACGCUGUUAUGAAGAGUGACCUGCAGAAGAUGCAAAAUAUUAAGGACCUCACUAAUGAACUCGAUGCCCUGAAUCAGAAUCUGUCACGUCCUGGCUUGAGCUACAAAGACAGAUCUGCUCUUUCAGAAAAACAAAAUAAGAUUGAGGAACAACUUAACAAGUUUACAGGGAUGAACUCAACUGGAAAAGCAGCCCUGGAGCCUGCAUAUUUUGGAAAUCUCAAGCGAGCAUUGGCAGAUAAACUUGAGUUGGCUCCACCACCGAUUGAUGGGGAGUGGCUGCCAAAAAGUGCAGUGUACGCAUUGGUAGAUCUCAUGGUGGUAGUUUUUAGCCGGCCCAAGGGGCUCUUUAAGGAUUGUCAAAAGCGGAUUCAGUCUGGGUUACAAAUUAUUCAAGAGGAGUUGGUGCAGUUGGGGAUCAAUGAUGGUGUUAAUGAGGUGGAAUUGCAACAUUCUGCAAUUUGGAUGGCUGGAGUGUAUUUAAUGCUUCUAAUGCAGUUCCUUGAAAACAAAGUAGCAAUUGAUCUUACGCGAACUGAGUUUAAGGAAGCACAAGAGGCAUUGGUGCAGAUGAGAAACUGGUUCGUACGCUUUCCAACCAUCCUACAGGCUUGUGAGAGCAUGAUUGAGAUGUUAAGGGGCCAAUAUGCACACUCUGUUGGCUGCUAUGAUGAAGCUUCUUUUCAUUUCCUUGAAGCAUCAAAGUUGACUCAGAGCAAGUCAAUGCAAGCCAUGAGCCACAUUUAUGCAGCUGUCUCUUUUCUCUGCAUAGGUGAUGCAGAAUCUUCGUCCAAGGCUCUUGAUUUGAUUGGACCUGUUUUAGGAGUGAUAGAUUCUUUUGUUGGGGUGCGGGAAAAGACCUGUGCCCUGUAUACUUAUGGCUUUCUACUCAUGAAGCAACAAAAUUUGCAAGAAGCCAGAAUGCGACUUGCCUCCGGCUUGCAGAGCACACACACUUAUCUGGGGAAUCUUCAACUCGUUUCGCAGUUUCUGACCGUGCUGGGAAGUUUGGCACUUUCCCUACAUGAUACUGGACAAGCUCGAGAGAUUUUGAGAUCUGCUCUCACACUGGCAAAGAAGCUUUACGAUAUUCCAACACAGACAUGGGUUCUGUCAAAUAUGACAGCUUUGUACCAGCAAUCAGGGGAGAGAGGUAGUGAAAUAGAGAAUACCGAGUAUCAAAAGAGGAAAGUAGAGGAUUUGCAGCAAAGACUCGCCCUUGCACGUUCGUCCUUUCAUCACAAUGCACUCAUUGACAAAGUUAAAGUCCCGGUUGAUCAAGUGAACGAGCCUGACAUGAAACGAGCAAUAGCCGGGCCUUCCAAAUCUGUCGAUCUCGACAUCCCUGAAUCCAUUGGGCUUUCUACUCCACAGCCCAUGUCAUCUUCAGUGAGGCUCAUGGAUUCGGACAUUGGGAGACUUCGCAGGAGAAAGUUUUAG